AACAGAAACAGAGCUAAAAACUUUCACAGAAGUUUCUGUAAGACUAUAAGUUCUGACCGAUACUAGUAGCCCAUCCCCAAGGGCCUAAAGCUCUGUAGUUUGUUUCCUCGGACACCUUAUUCAUACACAAGCAUACAGAAUGCUUAGAACGGAGGUGCAAUCUUAUACCAAGUCUAAACAGUUUUCCCUAAAGGUGACUUCUUUGGCAGUACAUUCAUUCCCAAUGUUAAUAAUUCAACAAUUUGCGCAAGUUUCAAAAAGAAUAAUAACUAAAAGUUACGAAUAAAACAUGUGAAGGGCCAACUAUAGCAAAGAACCCGACUGAAUGAUGCCCUGUAAAUGGAUUUUUAGACAAAAGAUUUAUCAUAUUUUUCAUCACCGAUUGAUAUAUAUACAUAUAGCAUUUUAACGAUCUGAAGAAACAGACAGAAAGACAUAAUCAAUAUUUCAUAGAAAUAACUCAAUCAACUUUCGGUCUGUUAAAUAUUUAUGUACAAAAGGACAAAUAAAAUAUGCCCAACUUUUGAGCGAACUCAAAAAAAGUGAUUCAAGACAACCACAACAAACCGACAGUCUAUAUAAGAUACUCGUUCUAUGCAUUCGACAUAUUCGAGACAGAACUCCGGCCAAGAUGUUGAGCAAGUUGUUUCCGCGUAUCAAAGCCAAGCCGUUGACGGAGAGGAUUCAGUCCCGCGAUGCCUUUGUCUACUUGGAUCGAGUACAGAAGCUCUGGGGCUGGAGAGCCACCGAGGAUGAGCGAUGGAUGGUACUCUAUAAUAUCUGGGCCUUUAUCUGGAACGUUCUGCUGCUCGUCCUGCUGCCGUUGUCGAUGUCCAUGGAGUAUGUGCAGAGGUUCAAAAACUUCUCGCCGGGAGAGUUUUUUGGCUCCCUGGAGAUCUGCGUGGACAUGUAUGGCUGUUCCCUGAAGUGCGUCUACACCAUGUUCGGUUACAAGAGAUUUCAGGCAGCCAGGAAGCUGCUGGAUCGCCUGGACCUGCGCUGCACCAGCGACGAGGACCGUGCCAGUGUGCACCGCUCCGUGGCUCUGGCGAACCGGUGCUAUGUGACAUACCACAUCCUAUACUCGGGAUUUGUGGUCAUUAAUUGGACGGGCUACCUCCUGUUGGGCAGCCACGCCUGGCGGAUGUACCUCCCUGGGCUGGACUCUGAGCGGAACUUUCUGGUGACCAGUUUCUUCGAGUUGCUGCUGAUGAGCGGCGUUGUUACCAUGAACCAGUGCACCGACGUCUCUCCUCUGGCGCACAUGAUAAUGGCUCGCUGCCACAUGGGUCUGCUCAAGGAUCGCUUGACCAAACUACACUCGGACCCCAGAAAAGACGAGGAGGAGCACCAGGAGGAUCUGAAUAGAUGCAUCCAUGACCACUGCGUGAUACUGGACUAUGUGAAUCUUCUCCGCCCCGUCUACUCGGUCACCAUUUUCGUGCAGUUCCUGUUGAUUGGUCUGGUUCUGGGCCUGUCCAUGAUCCAUAUCAUGUUCUUUUCCAACUUCUGGACAGGCAUCGGCACCAUGUGCUUCAUUUUUGAUGUCUGCCUGGAAACCUUUCCCUUCUGCUACCUGUGUAACAUCAUCAUCGAGGACUGCCGUGAGCUAUCGGAGAGCCUGUUUCAAUCGGACUGGUUAGGGGCCAGUCGCAAAUACAAGUCCACGUUGGUCUACUUUCUGCACAAUCUCCAGAAACCGAUUAUCCUAACAGCGGGUGGCGUGUUUCCCAUCUGCAUGCAGACGAAUCUAUCGAUGGUAAAGCUGGCCUUUUCCGUGGUCACCGUUAUAAAACAAUUCAAUCUGGCGGAGAAGUUUCAGUAAGCGACUGACACCCAAGGUUGCAGUGUUAUAUAUAUUCAAAUAUGUAUAAAAAUCUCGUGUAACGGUGUUUGUGUUCA